GCUUGGUACAAGUAGGACACAAUAAGUUCGGCGUAUUAUUCAACUACAACGUAUUCAAAUAUGAUCUCAUCACCUACGUUCACUUACACAUCACCUGCAACCGUGCUUCCUCCCCCAUCUGCACCAUUAGUCUCACCAAUAGAAGCUUUAAGAACAGGGACACUGACACAGGUAGCUUCUUCUGUCCCAUUUUCCAAAGAACUUCAGGCAGCUAAUGAUUACACUCCGAACCUAAUCACUGACUCGGGGUCCAGUUCCAUGAUUUUAACCCUAUCCUCUUCUAACGCACGAGCCAACUUACGGGGUGCUGUUUCCCCGUUUUCUCCAAGUGAAGGAGGGAACAGUGACGGAGAUACUACUGACGAAGUGUACCAAGGUAGCACAUAUGACGAUAACUCGCAAAACAGGCGACCAUUUACAGAAUUUUCGUACGAAGCUACAUAAAGGGUUACCUGAGCAUAGCUGUUCCUAAUUUUGAACUGAUAGACUAGAAGGCUUAUGGCCAAUCCACGGCCCCAUAGGGUGACGCGCAAUUUUGCGGC